AGGGGGAAGGGACCGAGUAGCGGUGAGCUGGGAGCGCAUGCGUAGUGCGGGGGACGCGUGCGACGUUCGGUGGCUGAGCAGCGGACCCGCCUGGCGGAGGCCAGAGGAAGGGCGAGCCCCUGGAGGUAUGGCCGAGAGCGGCGCGUGGUUGCUCGUGCUGAGCUCGGUUUUCUUGUGUAACCUCCUCAAAAUCCUCCUGCCCUCCUGCUCGUCCAUUAUAUCCAGGUUGCUACAGCAGGAUGCAGAGCAGGAAUCCCAGAUGAGAGCUGAAAUUCAGAACAUGAAGCAAGAACUCUCAACUAUUAGCAUGAUGGAUGAGUUUGCUAGAUAUGCCCGACUGGAAAGAAAGAUUAACAAAAUGACAGACAAGCUUAAAACUCAUGUGAAAGCACGGACUGCUCAAUUAGCCAAAAUAAAGUGGGUUAUAAAUAUUGUAUUUUAUAUCUUACAAGCUGCCUUGAUGAUCUCGUUAAUUUGGAAAUAUUAUUCUGAACCAGUUACGGUGCUCCCAAGCAAAUGGCUAGCCCCACUGGAGCGUUUAGUAGCCUUUCCUACAGGAGUGGCAGGUGUUAACAGUAAUAGCCUAGUAAUAGCUAUAAAAGCAAAUGGCUCAGCCCAACCAGCUGACAAAGAUCUCGCUUGAAAAUCUACAUUGAAAGCUUGCAUUUUGUCCCAAAGGCUCUGUAAUGAACAAUCAGAAGAACUGAACUGUAGAGCUGAAGACUUUCUACCAGAACAAGGCUUAACUUUGCUAACCUCUCACGGAAGCCAAAAUCAUCAAGUGUUCUGAAUUAAGUAUCCUAAUAUGCCCAAGAAUGCUCAACCUAUUGAUCAAUCGGAUUGUAAGCACCCUGAUGCAUCUUCUGUAGAGAAGUACUCUUCUGUGAUGGAGAACUUCGUUUUCAUGGUUUUAUCAUAUCUGCUGAAUAAGAUCACUGAUGUAAAAUUUACUCAGAAUAACAUUUAAGUGAGAUCUUAGAAGGUAAAAAAAGCUGCUUUUCAAUAAAUGUCGAACAUACUGCAAGAAGAUUUAA